AGUUCUCUCGCAGCCAUGAGUGAGCCCACCCCGGCCACCACGGAGCUGCCCGCGCUGCCGGGGGAGAUGAAGGCAGUCUUUGGGGUGGCAGACAUCAUCGUGGUGGUCUUUUACUUCGUCUUUGUCCUCGCUGUCGGGAUAUGGUCGUCUAUACGGGCAAGCCGGGGAACCAUUGGAGGUUAUUUCCUUGCUGGACGAUCCAUGACAUGGUGGCCUAUUGGAGCAUCUCUGAUGUCCAGCAACGUGGGCAGUGGCUUACUCAUUGGCCUGGCGGGCACUGGAGCAGCUGGGGGCCUUGCCGUUGGGGGCUUUGAGUGGAACGCUACCUGGGCACUUCUGGCUCUCGGCUGGAUCUUUGUGCCUGUUUACAUUGCAGCUGGAGUGGUCACCAUGCCUGAGUACCUGCAGAAGAGAUUUGGAGGGCAGAGGAUACAAAUCUACAUGUCUAUACUGUCCCUCAUUCUCUAUAUAUUCACCAAGAUAUCCACAGACAUCUUUUCUGGAGCGUUGUUCAUCCAAAUCUCUUUGGGCUGGAACCUCUACUUGUCCACUGUGGUCUUGCUAGUGGUGACUGCCAUCUACACUAUAGCUGGUGGUUUAACAGCUGUGAUAUACACAGAUGCGCUGCAGACCCUGAUCAUGAUACUGGGAGCUUUGGUCCUCAUGUUCAUAGGAUUUGAAAAAGUUGGCUGGUACGAAGGACUGAAGGAGAAAUACAGCACAGCGAUUCCAAAGGUCAUAGUCCCAAACACGACCUGUCACCUCCCACGUGCAGAUGCCUUCCAUUUGUUCAGGGACCCAGUCACAGGUGACAUUCCUUGGCCUGGACUUAUAUUUGGCCUCUCCGUGCUGGCUCUUUGGUGCUGGUGCACUGAUCAGGUAAUAGUCCAGAGGUCUCUCUCUGCCAAGAACCUCUCCCAUGCCAAAGGUGGAUCGGUGCUGGGAGGAUAUUUGAAAAUCUUCCCUAUGUUUUUCAUCGUCAUGCCAGGGAUGAUCAGCAGAGCUCUUUACCCAGAUGAAGUGGGCUGCGUGGACCCCGACAUCUGUAGAAGGGUCUGUGGAGCAGCAGUGGGUUGUUCCAACAUUGCCUACCCCAAACUUGUGAUUGAGCUCAUGCCUGAUGGGCUCCGGGGUUUGAUGAUUGCCGUGAUGAUGGCAGCCCUGAUGAGUUCCCUCACCUCCAUUUUCAAUAGCAGCAGCACUCUCUUCGUUAUAGACAUCUGGCAGCGGAUCCGCAAAAAGGCUUCGGAGCAGGAGCUGAUGAUUGUGGGCAGAGUCUUUAUACUCAUCCUGGUAGUCAUCAGUAUUCUCUGGAUCCCCAUCAUUCAAUCAGCCAACAGUGGCCAGCUCUUCGACUACAUUCAAUCUAUAACCAGCUACCUGGCUCCACCAAUCACAGCUCUCUUCAUCUUGGCAAUCUUCUGCAAGAGGAUUAAUGAGCCAGGUGCUUUCUGGGGCCUUGUGGUUGGGCUGGCUAUUGGACUUGUUCGGAUGAUCAUCGAGUUUAUUUAUAGCACACCGUCUUGUGGUGAGGAGGACAGAAGACCAGCUGUGCUAAAGGACUUGCACUACCUCUACUUUGCACUCAUCCUCUGCAUCCUCACUGCCAUUGUCAUUGUCCUUGUUAGUCUCUGCACCCCCCCAAUCCCUGAAGAAAAGCUCGCUUGCCUGACGUGGUGGACGAGGCACAAAAAAUCACCUGACAUUGACCUGAGAAAUUACAAGAGUGAAUCAGCACAGAUGAACUCAGCCAACGGAGAGGGUGACCUGCUCGAAAGCGCAGAUUUGGGCAACAAGGAGGAGGCAGCACCCAGGCCUCCCUGCUGGAAAAUGCUGUACCUGUGGUUCUGUGGCCUGUCCCCCAGCCCUGCGCGCACCCUGUCCCAGGAGGAGAAGGCCGCCUUGGAGCGGAGACUCACCAGCAUCGAGGAAAAGCCCCUGUGGAGGACUGUUUGCAACGUUAACGCUGUUCUCCUGCUGACCAUUAAUGUCUUUCUGUGGGGAUAUUUCGGCUGA